CAUGGGAUGCUGGGUGGCCGGAAGGCGCCAAGAUUUGAGCUUUGCGGUUGGUCUCCUUGGAGACGGCGGAGAGUCUGGGCUGUCCGACAACAUGUCUAAAAAGAAAGGACUGAGCAUUGAAGAGAAGCGAACUCGUAUGAUGGAAAUAUUUUUUGAAACAAAAGGUGUAUUUCAGCUGAAAGAUUUGGAGAAGAUUGCCCCAAAGGAGAAAGGGAUCACCUCCAUGUCAGUGAAGGAAGUACUGCAGAGUCUAGUAGAUGAUGGAAUGGUGGACACUGAUCGAAUUGGCACUUCUAAUUACUUCUGGGCGUUCCCAAGUAAAGCUCUUCAUAUCAGGAAAAGGAAACUGGAGCAAUUGGAGAGUCAGCUCGUUGAAGGAACCCAAAAAAAAGAGAGUUUACAGCGAAGUAUUGAGAAAGCCAAAGUGGGGCGCCAGAAUACAGACAGUCGUGCAGCUAUGUUGAAAGAAUUGGAAGGACUUAGACAAGAAAGAAAUCAGUUGAAAGCAGAGCUGGAAAAAUACCAAGAAUGUGAUCCAGAAGUAAUCGAAGAAAUCCGACAGAAUAACAAGGUAGCGAAGGAUGCAGCUAAUAGAUGGACUGAUAAUGUGUUUGCCAUAAAAUCCUGGGCAAAUAAAAAAUUUGGAUUUGAACGGAAUCAAAUUGAUAAGGCUUUUGGAAUUCCAGAAGAUUUUGACUAUAUUGACUGACGGUUUCUAUCAGUACAAAUAAAUCUUUUUUUUUAAGUUUGUAUCGAACCUUUUGUUUAUUGAAAAAUUGUCUAUUUUUAUCACAAGAAAAUUUAAACUCCCUAUCAGUUAUCAGUUUUGUGGAGUUCAAUUUGCUUUCGAUACCUUGAGUCUUCUAUUCUGCUGUUUUAAAUCAGUGUUUGCAGCAGAGAAUUAUUUAACAAAGCACCUGCUAUUAUGAAAGACAAAUUCCUGGCUGAUAUUGACAAUUGAUGGAAGAUUGAGUCCAGCUAAAUUAAAGAGCAAUUGAAUAAAAUAGAAUGGCAGUGUAUAUUGCAAGCGUACUAAUAAUAGUGCAACAUAUAUAUAAGUCCCCUCUAUAACCUGUUGAAAUAGUCAUUUUUAUUAAAGCAGUCCUACCAAAUAACAGUUUGUUCUGUACAUUGUGACCCAGUUUCACUUUAUUACAAUGCUGAUCUCUAUAGUACCAUCUCAAUCUGAGAAUAUUUUAUUAGUUGAGCCUGUGUUUUAUUGAAUAUUCCUUUCCUGCCUUACUGACAAAGGAAAAUGCAUCGCAAUUUUAUUAUGAGAUCAGUUCAGAUAAAAAUGCACGUUUAUGAAGCUUAAAGCCUAAUUGCAACUAAAAAGAGUUUUUUAACCCAUUAAUUGUCUGCCCUAUAACUAUUAAAUGCAUGUUGCUCAAAUGUUCCACACUGAAAUUUCUGUAGUGCUUUGCUUCAUUUUGUAAAGGGAUAAAACCUUUCCAGGUAUAAAUAUUAGAUAUAUUGGGGAUUGAAACCAGAUUAUUUAAUUCAACAAGACUGACUAUACUGUGCUUAUGUUGACUUAAGUCAGGAAGAAAUUGGGAUAAGAUAAAGAUUUUCAUAUCUUCUAUGCUGGAAAUGUGUUCUGUGUAUAAGUGAAUGACAUUGUAAAUCAGAAAUUUGUAUUAUUGUGAUAAAUAUCAUACACAACCUUAAGCAAAAACCCAGCCUAUUAUUUGCUCUUUGUCAUUGAAAUAAACAUUGAACUAUU